AAAAACCCAAUGGGAGGCUCUGGAAAGGCGGCCAUCUGCCACGACCAGUUGGGGUGACAGUGGGGAAUGGGGGGUGAGAAUAGUUAAUCAAAUCAAAGCACCUCCAAAAUCCAGCAAGGACUGCUUCAAUGACAACUCUUCCAAUGAUGAAUUAUAAAGAGAUGGAUGACAAAGAAACAAGUCAAGCAUUUAUGUUCAUGGAUGUCCAUGAACCCCUGGGUGGAUGACGACGUCUACAUAACAGACACCCUUGUGCGCCCUUGUAGUCUUGCAGAGAGGGAAAGCAUGAAUUGGCCUUUACAAAACUCUGUUUUCUUGAAUUUCUUGGCGAUGACUCCACCAGAUGUUUUACAUAUGCUUAUUCACAUGACCACAGCGACUUCAUCAGGACUACCUUCUGCUUACCAUCCAUCUGAAUGGUCGAUAAUGUGCCUACUAUAAGGUGGAGGAGGUGCCAGCUUCAUACAGUUUUUAUCCAUUAAGACUAAAACAGCAAACAACUCACUGAAUUCUCUGUUCGUGUCACCAAAAGGGAAGCAUAAUGUGAAAAAAAUGUAAUAAAAAAAUUCCCUGACUUAUACAGUGUUAUUUCAGGAAUAAGAGGAACUGACAGCCUCCACCCAUUUGCUGACUAUCAGACAUUGGCCAGGAAACACAGUUUAUUUGUUGAGAGCGAAGACACCCAGUGAAAGACAAACAACGGAACACGCAACGAGUUCCACCGAGGCGACAAAGAAGGAGAGACUGGGAUUACCCACUGGCUUCCGGUGAAGAGUCUUCUAAGCGUCCUCUAGAAAUGGCUUCUGGAAUUUUAAAAGCAGAAAUUGACUUUUCUUGUCCAAUCUGUCAAGACAUCUUCAACGAUCCUGUCGUGCUGUCAUGUAGCCACAGCUUCUGUAAAGACUGUCUGCAGCGCUGGUGGUCAGAGAAGACGAUUCAUGAAUGUCCAGUUUGUAAAAGAAGAUCUUCAAGGAGUGACCCACCGUCCAAUUUAUCACUGAGGAACGUGUGUGAAGCUUUCUUACAGGAACAACAGAAAGCUUCUUCAAAGCCUGAGGCUCUCUGCAGUUUGCACUCAGAGACUCUGAAACUCUUCUGUCUGGAUCAUCAGCAGCCGGUGUGUGUCGUCUGUCGAGACGCAAAAACACACAAGAACCACAGAUUCAAACCCAUCGAUGAGGCUGCGAAGGACUACAAGAGAGGACUCAGCAGUCGUCUAAAACCUUUACAGGACAAACUGGAGCGUUUUCAUGAGGUAAAACUCAUCUGCGAUGAUUCAGCGAGACGAAUUAAAGAACAAGCACACCUCACAGAGAAACUAAUACGGGAAGAGUUUGAAAAGCUUCACCAGUUCCUCCAAAAGGAAGAGGCUGCCAGGAUCACUGCACUGAGGAAGGAAGAGGAGCAGAAGAGUCAGAUGAUGAAGCAGAAGAUUGAGGAGCUCAGCAGAGAAAUAUCAGUUCUGUCAGAAACAGUCAGAGCCACAAAGGAGGAUCUGAGAGCUACAGACGUCUUUUUCCUGCAGAACUACACAACCGCAGUGGAAAGGAUCGAGCAGCGCUCCCGAAUGAAUAAUCCACAGCUGGUCUCUGGAGCUCUGGUUGACGUGGCCAAACACCUGGGCAACCUGACCUAUGAUGUCUGGAACAAGAUGAAGCAUAAGGUCUCCUAUUGUCCUGUGAUCCUGGACCCCAACACUGCAGAACCAAACCUUAGAAUGUCUCAGGAUCUGACAGUUGUGAUACGUCAAUACACAAAGGGUUGGGCUCCAAGAAAUCCAGAGAGGUUUGAGGGCUAUCUCACAGUUCUGGGCUCGGAGGGCUUUGACUCAGGGACUCACAGUUGGGUGGUUGACGUUGGAAAUAAUGCAGACUGGGCAGUGGGUGUGAUAGGAGAGUCUGUCCAGAGGAAGGCAGAAAUGCCGACUGGAUGCUGGAGUGUUUGGUUCCAUGGUGGUAAAUACAGAGCGUUCUCACCAACAGUGAAAGACAAAGCUCUCUCAGUGAAAAAGCCGCUGCAGAGGAUCAGAGUGCAUCUGGACUGCAAAACGAAGAAAGUGACAUUUUCUGAUCCAGAUACAAACACAACAAUGCACACAUUCCCAGUGACACUUACUGAGAAGCUUUUUCCCUUCAUCAACACACAAAAUGCUGUUCCACUGGAGAUAUGCCCAGUCAGAGUGUCUGUGAAGUUAGACGAAGGUGAUUUUGUUACCAGAAGACGGUUAUUAGAUGGAUUAGAAGGUCUAACCUCUGCUAUUGUGUCAUUUGUUUUUGGAGAAAUAUAGUAAGAGAACAUCCACUGUUCUGUUUUAAUCAUGAGUGUCUAUAUGUGAUCUCGCUGGUAGACACCCUCUACCAGCUGUUUCAAAAAUACACACUUGUGUAAAAUUUUGUGUAAAAGAUGUAAGUUUAGAGCAUUUUAAUGAAAGUCAAGGUUUGAUUUGUUUAAUUUGAGUUUGCACGUUUAACCCUAAUGCACCCAUUUCUCACUGUUUUGAAUUUGCCACCUUUGAUGAUGAUGAUGAUGAUGAUGAUGAUGGUGAUGGUGAUGGUGAUGAUGGUGAUACUGUUGAUG